AUGGGCUUUUCGAUCAUCCUGUAUUAUAUAUAUAUUUCUCUAGGUGGUGAUGAUUUAAAACAACUUGCUGAAGCACAAAAUGAUGAUUUUCAAGAAAUUAUUACUCUUGUUGGAAUGGUAUCAAAACCAUUACAUAUUAAACGAUUUAAAAAAGCUUUAGCUGAUUAUCGACAAUCAAUGAAUAAUAUUGAUAAUGAACAUACAUUUAUAAAUAAUUCAUAUUCAACUGUUCCUUCUCAUCGCAUAUCAACAGAUGAAACAUUAUCUGAUCGAAAUAAAUUUUCUUCUCUUAUUCAUUCAACAUCAACAAAUAAUUCACCAAACCUUAUCAAUCAAAUUUCUUCUAAUUGGUGUCUAAAUAAAAUAGAUCAUUCUAAAAAUAAUAAUAUUCAUCAAUUACUUGAUGAUAAUCAACGUAAAAUGAUUGCAGAUGAAGCAGAACGAUUAGCUAAUUUAUUACCAGUAACAACAAUUAAAAAACUGAAUGGACGAAAUAAUAUAUCAAAGGAUUUAUUUGCUACAAUGAAUUUACCAAGAGAUUUUGAAGAUCGUUGGCAACGUAUUCGAAAAUAUUCAGCUAUCUAUAAUCGAUUUGAUUCCAAAACACCCAAUCAAGUGUUAAGCUUGCAUGAAAUUCUCAUGAAUGAAGCUGCAGCUGCUAUUUGUUUUCAUAGACCAGAAUUUUUAACUCGUCGUGAUGAACUUUUACAUUUUGCUCGUCGUAUUCUUCAAAAUAUUGGAAUUUUAACUACAAGUAUUCAAAAACGACCAUUGACUAUGUUAACAUGUGAUAUAACACCAGCAAAACAAAUAAAAUUAAAUAUACCUAUAACAAAAUCUCAUGUUCGACAACGAGAUCCUGAUGCUUUUCGAUUAAUGUGGCAUAAUCGAGAAGCAAAAGUUGAACAAAUUCCUAUUCAAGUCGAAGCACUUCAAUGUGAACAAAAUAAAUUAUUACAACAACUUAAACAAAUUACAAUUGAUUCAUCAUCAUCAUCUAUAGAUAGUAAUGGACUUAGAAAACAAAUUGAUGAUUUAAGUAGACAAAUCGAACAACUUAAUGAUGAAGAAAAAAAUUUACGACGAUUAAUUCGUAAAAAAAAUAUGCGUCUUCGAGCAAAAGAACGUCAACAACAAAAACAAAAAAUGCUUGUUAAUCAUUCAUCAAAUGUUCAAGAUUUGAUUUUACCUAUAGUACCAAUCACACCAUCGCCAUCAUCAUUACCAAUUGAUAUCAAUCAUGAUCAACAAACAUCAUCAUUAUCAACACAAACAUUUGAAAAUAACAAUGAUAUGUAUCAUUCGAUAAAUAUCAAAAAUGAAAAAAUUGAACCAUCUGUUAAUCUUUCUUCUCCUGUUUUAAAAACAAGAAAAGAAUUUUCAAGAACAACACUUAAUCCUAAAUCAAUUGAUAAACGACGUGAAGAAGUCAAUGAAAGAUUAAUUACAUUUAACAAGAAAACAAUUAUUCCUAAAAGUAGAUCAUCUCGUUCAACACAAAGAAAACAAUCAUCAUCAACAACAGCUAUUGAACUAGUACUCGAUUCAGGUUUUCAUUCUCAAAAAUCAACAAACAUUCUGCCAACAUGUCAUAAUGAACAAGAUAUUGUCGAAAGCAAAAGUUUUAUCCAUACUAUUGAUUUUAAUAUUAAUACUUAA